CAGUGAGGAAGUCUGUUGGAAAAAAUACAAUACUUUAAAGAUUUUGGUGCAUUCGAGGUGUGUCAUCUUGUUUUGCACCACACCUCCUGUGUUACACUCGGAGCUCGGAAUUUUUUUUUUUUUUUUGUCAGGCGGCUGGGCAGGAGCAGCAUCUAGUACAGCAGCUCGGAGCUUCCCUUCUGUUCUGGUGUCGGCAACUGCCUGUCGUGAAGAUGGUACAGUGGGAGUCUGCUCUGAGGAGCCAAGGAAGAUAGUGUGGAAAUGGAGUAGAGAUUGCUAGAGACCUGAGCGUCCACAGCCUGGGGAUGGGCUGCGCUACUAGUGUGAUUCUGUUUAAAGGCAUCCGCACCGUUUUCGAGAGAAACUGUGCUUAUAUGUGCAAACAUCAAGGAGAGAAUAAUGCCCUUGAAUGCACAGCAUACAAUUGGACAAAAGAAGACUCAGAACUAUUGAUCGCCUCCUGUCUGGCCAAGCCAAAGCUCAUUGAGCCACUGGACUAUGAAAAUGUCAUCGUCCAGAAGAAGACACAGAUCCUGAACGACUGUCUACGGGAGAUGCUGCUCUUCCCGUAUGAUGACUUUCAGACGGCCCUCCUGAGACGACAGGACCGGUACCAGCGCUCCACCGUGCCCCCCAGCGCACUGCAGGACGCCCAGAGCCUAUUCGUGACAGAGUGCAUCAAAACCUAUAACUCUGACUGGCAUCUUGUGAACUAUAAAUAUGAAGAUUACUCAGGAGAGUUUCGACAGCUUCCAAACAAAAUGGCCAAGUUGGAUAAACUUCCGGUUCAUGUCUAUGAAGUGGACGAGGAGGUCGACAAAGACGAGGAUGCCGCCUCCCUCGGCUCUCAGAAGGGUGGGAUCACCAAGCAUGGCUGGCUGUACAAAGGCAACAUGAACAGUGCAAUCAGCGUGACCAUGAGGUCAUUUAAAAGACGAUUUUUCCACCUGAUUCAACUUGGUGAUGGGUCCUACAAUUUGAAUUUUUAUAAAGAUGAAAAGAUCUCCAAGGAACCAAAAGGAUCAAUAUUUCUCGAUUCCUGUAUGGGUGUGGUUCAGAACAACAAAGUCAGGCGUUUUGCUUUUGAGCUCAAGAUGCAGGACAAAAGUAGUUACCUGUUGGCAGCAGACAGUGAAGUGGAAAUGGAAGAGUGGAUCACAAUUCUGAACAAGAUUCUCCAGCUCAACUUUGAAGCUGCGAUGCAGGAAAAGCGGAACGGAGACUCUCAUGAAGAUGAUGAACAAAGCAAAUUGGAAGGUUCUGGUUCCGGUUUAGACAGCUACCUGCCUGAACUUGCCAAGAGUGCCAGAGAAGCAGAAAUCAAACUGAAAAGUGAAAGUAGAGUUAAACUUUUUUACUUGGACCCAGAUGCUCAGAAGCUUGACUUCUCAUCAGCUGAGCCAGAAGUGAAGCCAUUUGAAGAGAAGUUUGGAAAAAGAAUUCUCGUCAAGUGCAAUGAUUUAUCUUUCAAUUUGCAAUGCUGUGUUGCCGAAAAUGAAGAAGGGCCCACUACAAACGUCGAGCCUUUCUUUGUCACUCUGUCCCUGUUUGACGUAAAAUGCAACCGGAAGAUUUCUGCCGAUUUCCAUGUGGACUUGAACCACUUCUCAGUGCGGCAAAUGCUGGCCACCACGUCCCCGUCUCUGAGGAACGGCGACCGGCAGAGCUCGCCUGCCCCGCUGGGCAUCCUCCACGAGGCCUCCAUGCAGUACCCGAAGCAGGGGAUAUUUUCAGUCACGUGUCCUCAUCCUGAUAUAUUCCUUGUGGCUAGAAUUGAAAAAGUACUUCAGGGGAGCAUCACCCAUGGUGCUGAGCCAUACAUGAAGAGUUCCGACUCCUCCAAGGUUGCUCAGAAGGUUCUGAAGAAUGCCAAGCAGGCAUGCCAAAGACUAGGGCAGUACAGAAUGCCAUUUGCUUGGGCAGCAAGGACGUUGUUUAAGGAUGCAUCUGGAAACCUUGACAAAAGCGCCAGGUUUUCUGCUCUCUACAAGCAAGACAGCAAUAAGCUAUCCAAUGAAGACAUGCUCAAGUUACUUGCAGACUUUCGGAAACCUGAGAAGAUGGCUAAACUCCCCGUGAUUUUGGGCAAUCUAGACAUUACAAUUGAUAACGUUUCCUCAGACUUUCCUAAUUAUGUCAACUCAUCAUACAUUCCUACAAAGCAAUUUGAAACCUGUACUAAAAUGCCGAUUACGUUUGAGGUGGAGGAAUUUGUACCCUGCAUCCCUAAACACACUCAACCUUACACCAUCUACAACAAUCACCUGUAUGUUUAUCCUAAGUCCUUGAAAUAUGACAGUCAAAAGUCUUUUGCCAAGGCCAGAAAUAUUGCUGUUUGCAUUGAAUUCAAAGAUUCAGAUGAGGAAGACGCUAAGCCUCUGAAGUGCAUUUAUGGCAGACCUGGUGGGCCACUAUUCACAGAAAGCGCCUUUGCUGCGGUUUUACACCAUCACCAAAACCCAGAAUUUUAUGAUGAGAUUAAGAUAGAAUUGCCCACCCAGCUACAUGAAAAGCACCACUUGCUAUUCACAUUCUUCCAUGUCAGCUGCGAUAAUUCAAAUAAAGGAAGCACAAAGAAGAAGGACGUCGUUGAAACACAAGUUGGAUAUUCCUGGCUUCCUCUCCUGAAGGAUGGAAGGGUGGUGACUAGUGAGCAGCACAUCCCUGUCUCAGCCAAUCUCCCGUCUGGCUACCUUGGCUUCCAGGAGCAUGGGAUGGGCCGGCAUUAUGGUCCAGAAAUUAAAUGGGUAGAUGGAAGCAAGCCUCUGCUCAAAGUUUCAACUCAUCUGGUUUCCACAGUGUACACUCAGGAUCAGCACGUACAUAACUUUUUCCAGUACUGUCAGAAAACCGAAUCCGGAGCCCAGGCUUUAGGAAGUGAACUUGUAAAAUACCUUAAGAGCCUGCACGCGAUGGAGGGUCACGUGAUGAUCGCCUUCUUGCCCACCAUCCUAAACCAGCUCUUCCGCGUCCUCACCCGAGCAACCCAGGAGGAGGUUGCGGUCAACGUGACACGGGUCAUUAUUCAUGUCGUUGCCCAGUGCCAUGAGGAAGGAUUGGAGGGCCACUUGAGGUCAUAUGUUAAGUAUGCAUAUAAGGCCGAGCCAUAUAUUGCUUCCGAAUACAAGACAGUGCACGAAGAGCUGACCAAAUCCAUGACCACGAUUCUCAAGCCUUCUGCCGACUUCCUCACCAGCAACAAACUACUCAAGUAUUCGUGGUUUUUCUUUGAAGUUUUGAUAAAAUCCAUGGCUCAGCAUUUGAUAGAGAACUCCAAAGUUAAGCUGUUGCGAAACCAGAGAUUCCCUGCCUCCUAUCAUCACGCGGUGGAAACUGUUGUGACCAUGCUAAUGCCUCACAUCACGCAGAAGUACCGAGAUAACCCGGAUGCGUCCAGGAACGCCAACCACAGCCUGGCUGUGUUCAUCAAGAGAUGUUUCACCUUCAUGGACAGGGGCUUUGUCUUCAAGCAGAUCAACAACUACAUCAGCUGCUUUGCUCCUGGAGAUCCUAAGACCCUCUUUGAAUACAAAUUCGAAUUUCUCCGUGUGGUGUGCAAUCAUGAACAUUAUAUUCCUUUGAAUUUACCAAUGCCAUUUGGAAAAGGCAGGAUUCAAAGAUAUCAAGAUCUCCAACUUGACUACGCAUUAACAGACGAGUUCUGCAGAAACCACUUCUUGGUGGGACUCUUACUGAGGGAGGUGGGGGCCGCCCUCCAGGAGUUCAGGGAGGUCCGAGUGAUUGCCAUCAGCGUGCUCAAGAACCUGCUGAUAAAGCACUCUUUUGACGACAGAUACGCUUCCAGGAGCCAUCAGGCGAGGAUAGCCACUCUCUACCUGCCUCUGUUCGGUCUGCUGAUUGAGAACGUCCAGCGGAUCAACGUGAGAGAUGUGUCUCCCUUCCCAGUGAACCCUGGCAGUACUGUGAAGGAAGAAUCCCUCACUUUGCCGGCAGUGAACCCGUUAGUGACGCCCCAGAAGUCUGGGGGCACGCUGGACGCCAGCCUGCACAAGGACCUCUUUGGCGCCAUCUCUGGCAUUGCUUCUCCAUAUACGAACUCAACUCCCAACAUCAAUAGCGUGAGAAAUGCUGAUUCAAGAGGCUCCCUCAUAAGCACAGAUUCCGGGAACAGCCUUCCAGAAAGGAAUAGUGAGAAGAGCAAUUCUCUGGAGAAGCACCAACAAAGUGGCACUUUGGGAAAUUCUGUCGUUCGCUGUGACAAACUGGACCAGUCUGAGAUUAAGAGCCUGCUGAUGUGUUUCCUUUACAUAUUAAAAAGCAUGUCUGACGAUGCUUUGUUUACGUAUUGGAACAAGGCCUCAACAGCUGAACUUAUGGAUUUUUUUACAAUAUCAGAAGUCUGCUUGCACCAGUUCCAAUACAUGGGGAAGCGCUAUAUCGCCAGCAUGCUGCCCCAUGAGACUCCAUGCAUGCCCUGCUGCACUCCACACAGUAACACAGUGAGGGAGCCGGUUGGCCGCGGGACGGGGGACAGGCGUCGCUCCGGCGCUGGGCUCAGGUCUCGUCUGCUCUGGAACCAGGAGGGGCUGGGACCCAUAGUUCAUGAUCGAAAGUCUCAGACAUUGCCUGUUUCCCGUAACAGAACAGGGAUGAUGCAUGCGAGAUUGCAGCCGCUGGGCAGCCUGGAUAACUCUCUCACUUUUAACCACAGCUACGGCCACUCGGACGCUGACGUUCUCCACCAGUCGUUACUUGAAGCCAAUAUUGCUACUGAGGUGUGCCUGACAGCGCUGGACACCCUCUCUCUCUUCACACUGGCGUUUAAGAACCAGCUCCUGGCUGACCAUGGACAUAAUCCCCUCAUGAAGAAAGUUUUUGACGUCUACCUGUGUUUUCUUCAAAAACAUCAGUCUGAAACAGCUUUAAAACAUGUCUUCACCGCCUUAAGGUCACUGAUCUAUAAGUUUCCCUCGACGUUCUACGAGGGGAGAGCGGACAUGUGUGCGGCCCUGUGCUACGAGAUCCUCAAGUGCUGCAACUCCAAGCUGAGCUCCAUCAGGACCGAGGCCUCCCAGCUGCUGUACUUCCUGAUGCGGAACAACUUCGACUACACCGGCAAGAAGUCCUUUGUCCGGACCCACCUGCAGAUUGUUAUUUCAGUCAGCCAGCUGAUAGCAGAUGUUGUUGGCAUCGGGGGAACCAGGUUCCAGCAGUCCUUGUCUAUCAUCAACAACUGCGCCAACAGUGACAGGCUCAUCAAGCACACCACCUUCUCCUCGGACGUGAAGGACUUGACGAAAAGGAUCCGCACAGUUCUGAUGGCCACGGCACAGAUGAAGGAGCAUGAGGCUGACCCUGAGAUGCUGGUGGACCUCCAGUACAGCCUGGCCAAGUCCUACGCCAGCACCCCCGAGCUCCGGAAGACGUGGCUGGACAGCAUGGCUCGGAUCCACGUGAAGAACGGGGACCUGUCGGAGGCAGCAAUGUGCUAUGUCCAUGUCACAGCCCUGGUGGCAGAAUAUCUCACACGGAAAGGCAUGUUUAGACAAGGAUGCACAGCCUUCAGGGCCAUCACCCCGAACAUCGACGAGGAGGCCUCCAUGAUGGAAGACGUCGGCAUGCAGGACGUCCACUUCAACGAGGACGUGCUCACGGAGCUCCUGGAACAGUGUGCAGAUGGGCUCUGGAAGGCUGAGCGCUACGAGCUGAUCGCCGACAUCUAUAAGCUCAUCAUCCCCAUCUACGAGAAGCGGAGGGACUUUGAGAGGCUGGCCCAUCUGUACGACACGCUGCACCGAGCCUACAGCAAGGUGACCGAGGUCAUGCACUCCGGCCGCCGGCUCCUGGGCACCUACUUCCGAGUGGCCUUCUUCGGGCAGCAAUACCAGUUUACAGACAGUGAAACAGAUGUGGAGGGGUUCUUUGAAGAUGAAGAUGGAAAGGAGUAUAUUUACAAGGAGCCCAAACUCACACCUCUGUCAGAAAUUUCUCAGAGACUUCUCAAACUUUACUCAGAUAAAUUUGGUGCUGAAAACGUAAAGAUGAUACAAGAUUCUGGCAAGGUCAACCCCAAGGAUCUGGAUUCCAAGUAUGCGUACAUCCAGGUGACUCACGUGAUCCCGUUCUUUGAUGAGAAAGAACUGCAAGAAAGGAAAACGGAGUUCGAAAGAUCCCACAACAUUCGCCGCUUCAUGUUUGAGAUGCCCUUCACCCAGAGCGGGAAGCGGCAAGGGGGCGUUGAGGAGCAGUGCAAACGGCGCACCAUCCUGACAGCGAUACACUGCUUCCCGUACGUGAAGAAGCGGAUCCCGGUCAUGUACCAGCACCACACGGACCUGAACCCCAUCGAGGUGGCCAUCGACGAGAUGAGCAAGAAGGUGGCCGAGCUCCGGCAGCUGUGCUCCUCGGCCGAAGUGGACAUGAUCAAACUGCAGCUCAAGCUCCAGGGCAGCGUGAGCGUCCAGGUCAACGCCGGUCCACUAGCAUAUGCCCGAGCUUUCUUAGAUGACACAAACACAAAAAGAUACCCUGACAAUAAAGUGAAGUUGCUUAAAGAAGUUUUCAGGCAAUUUGUGGAAGCUUGCGGUCAAGCCUUAGUGGUGAACGAAAGGCUCAUCAAAGAGGACCAGAUAGAGUAUCAGGAAGAAAUGAAGGCCAACUACAGGGAAAUGACAAAAGAGCUUUCUGAAAUCAUGCACGAGCAGAUCUGCCCCCUGGAGGAGAAGACGAGCGUUCUGCCAAACUCCCUGCACAUCUUCAACGCCAUCAGCGGGACGCCCACCAGCACGCUGGUGCACGGCAUGACCAGCUCGUCCUCUGUGGUGUGACCCCCGCCGCCUGGUCUGCGGGUGGGGACUUGCUCUGUCAUUUGCAAACUCAGGACGAUGACUCCAAAGCUAAUCCCUGGGCACGUGCCCGACGCGGGGAGACCGAGCACAAGGAGGAGCCAAGGGCAUGGAAGAGUUACGGGAAAUAAAGAACCGGGUAAUUUCGUAGCACGUUUCCUGGAGGAGUCCUCCUCAAGAGAGCACUCGUUAUUUUUUUUUUAAACCUCUCUGGCAAUAUUCAACGUUUUCAUUGUGUCUUAACAGAGGUGUGUGGUGGACACUCUUCUGCUGGAGUUAAAUGUUAUUCUUCCUUACAGAAGUAGUAUUAAAAAUAAACGGCCUGGAGAAAACACAUGUUUUGGAAUGCACAUAGCACUGAAGUCGAGGCUGGAGGGUAACCCUUGGCCUCUAGGCUAAGCUGGAAAAUCUUGAAAAUAUUUUUUUUUUCCUGUGGCACAUUCAGAUUGAAAACAAGAACUAUUUUUGUGACUAGUUUUUGAUGACCUGAGGAAACUGACCGUUGUAGUUUUUGUACCAGUGAACCAGGAAAGCUAGUGCUUUUGUACUCAUUUCCUUGCAUUUAAGAAAUAGGAAAGCUUAAGAAACUAUGGGAGCUUAAAACUAGUCAAGCAGUUUAGAACCAAAGGCCUGUAUUAAUAAACACAGCUAUGCUAAACGUUUAAAGGAGUACAGUAUACUGUUAUGUACAUAGAGUUUGUUAAUACAGUCUUGGCAUUGUGUACAUACACGUAUGACAUUUCUACGUUUUUAAUACGUCAGCUUCUGCAUAAAGUUUAAUUGUGACAGAUUUGUGCUGUUCUUAGUAUAUGCAACACACUUGACUCUGCUGUUUUAUUCUUGUACAUAAAAGCAGUGCAGUAUGGAGGUGUAUACAGUCUUUGCUAUGUUAGGUUUAUAAACCAUUUUAAAAAUUUCAUCCUUUUGCCAAAGUGGUGGAGUAUGUCAUUGAUAAACCAUAAAUCUUGUGGUGAAUAGUGGUGUAAUGUAAAGCCUUCACCAUGUUAUAUUUUCUUUUCAGACAUUAAUUGAGUAAUUUUAUAUUUGGGAAAAAUAAAGGUUUUUAAUUUUAUUUAACUAGAAUCUCUGCCCUGCUGUAAUUAAACAUUCUGUACCACAUCUGUAUUAAAAACAACAUUGCUGAUUUUCCUGUA